AUGAUGUUAUUCUCCGUGUUUCACCUCAUAUGAGAGCGCAGCCACGUCGAGGCGAAGCGCUCCCUUUUGGCUCCUCUCGGCACCUGUAUUUGUAUCGGCAGCUCGUUUGUUUUGGCUGUUUGUAGUCAUUUGGUGUCUGCGUCAAGAGCUGAGGCAUCAUGUCGGACAAAAGUGAGCUGAAAGCAGAGCUUGAAAGAAAGAAACAACGCCUGGCGCAAAUCAGAGAGGAGAAGAAAAGGAAGGAGGAGGAACGGAAGAAACAAGCGGCAGACCAAUUGAAAGAAGCUGCACAUCACCAAGAUGAUUCUGACCUGGAGAAAAAGCGACGCGAGGCUGAGGCUAUUCUACAGAGCAUGGGCAUAACCUCAGAUACCCCUGUUGUCCCUCCUCCCAUCUCUCCAACGACCAAAUCAGCGGGGACACCAAGUGAGGCAGGGAGCCAAGACUCUGAUGGUGCCGUGGGACCCAGGACUCUGCACUGGGACUCUGACCCGUCCACCCUUCAACUUCACUCUGAUUCUGAGCUGGGGCGUGGGACUCCAAAGCUUGGAAUGGCCAAAGUCACACAAGUGGACUUCCCUCCCCGUGAGACUGUGUCCUACACAAAAGAAACCCAGACACCUGUCGCAACUCAGCAAAAAGAAGAAGAAGAAGAAGAGGAGGAAGAAAGUGCUCCACCUCAACCGGUAUUGGAGACUCGGACUGAGAAACCAGACCAAAAAGUGGAGGAGGAAGCGCCCCCCCACGAGCUGACCGAGGAGGAGAAACUCCAGAUCCUGCACUCCGAAGAGUUUGUGAACUUCUUCGACCACAGCACUCGCAUCGUUGAGCGGGCGCUGUCGGAGCACGUGGACCUCUUCUUCGACUACAGCGGCCGCGACCUGGAGGAGAAGGAGGGGGAAAUCCAGGCCGGAACAAAGCUCUCUCUCAACAGGCAGUUCUUGGAUGAGCGCUGGUCCAAGCAUCGCGUUGUCACCUGCCUGGACUGGUCCCUCCAGUACCCUGAACUCCUACUCGCCUCGUACAACAACAACGAGGAGGCUCCUCACGAGCCGGACGGCGUGGCCUUGGUGUGGAACAUGAAGUACAAGAAGGCCACACCGGAGUAUGUCUUCCACUGUCAGUCCGCCGUCAUGUCGGCUUCGUUCGCCAAGUUUCACCCCAACGUGGUGGUGGGGGGCACGUACUCGGGGCAGAUUGUGCUGUGGGACAACCGGAGCAACAAGAGGACCCCGGUGCAGAGGACUCCCCUGUCAGCGGCAGCACACACGCACCCGGUGUACUGCGUCAAUGUGGUCGGCACCCAGAACGCCCACAACCUCAUUAGCAUCUCCACGGACGGCAAGAUUUGCUCCUGGAGUCUGGACAUGCUCUCCCAGCCACAGGACAGCAUGGAGCUGGUGUUCAAGCAGUCCAAAGCUGUAGCUGUCACCUCCAUGUCCUUCCCUCUCGGAGAUGUCAACAAUUUCGUGGUGGGCAGCGAGGACGGCUCGGUCUACAUGUCGUGUCGUCAUGGAAGCAAAGCAGGCAUCAGUGAGAUGUUUGAGGGCCACCAAGGGCCCAUCACAGGGAUCAACUGCCACACAGCUGCAGGGCCUCUGGACUUCUCCCACCUGUUUGUCACCUCCUCCUUCGACUGGACUGUGAAGCUGUGGAGCACCAAGAACAACAAGCCUCUCUACUCAUUUGAAGAUAACUCUGAUUACGUGUACGACGUCAUGUGGUCUCCGACUCACCCCGCUCUGUUUGCGUGCGUGGACGGAGUGGGUCACCUGGACCUGUGGAACCUCAACAACGACACCGAGGUCCCCACCGCCAGCGUCACCGUGGACGGUAACCCGGCUCUCAACAGGGUCAGAUGGGCUCAUUCCGGCAGGGAAAUCGCCGUGGGAGACUCUGAUGGGCGGGUUCUCGUCUAUGAUGUUGGAGAGCAAACUGCGGUUCCCCGAAACGACGAGUGGACCCGUUUUGUUCGCACGCUGGCAGAGAUCAACGAGAGCAGAGACGAUGCAGAGGAGCUGGCAGCUCAGCGCCUGGCUGCCUGAUCCACUCGCCACGGACGCGAGGUUUUGAGGGACCAGUGGCGCGCUGGUGGAUAUCGGCCCUGUUUCUGGGGGAAGGAAAAGAUGACUGCGGCGGGGCGAUUACUGUUUGAUUGUAAAGAAUUAUGGACCUUUUUUUGAUUUAUUAGAGAAAUCUUUCUUUUCAGUUAGCUGGACCGUCAGAAGUCUUCCUUGGAUUAACUCGAGCGACGGAGCCAUCGACCACUGACACUAACACAACACGGCCUUUUUUUGCAACUGAUGCCUUAACCUUUUAAUUUUGAUUGCAAAAUGUUCAUUUUAGGGCAUGUUAGCAUGGGCUUUAAUUUUCAGUUCCUGAAUCCAAAUAAUUAAAAGAGUACUUAAUACUUAUGACUUUAGAAUCAUGUUGUCAUCUCCCUUUCUUACCCGAUAACCCGAAUAUUCACUUGUCUGUAAAAAGUCCAAAAAGAGGAUGUCUUUCUACUUUCUAUAUCAAUCUACACUGUACCAGUUUUCACCUAAUCAGUGCGGCUGGUUAGACUGGAGGGGAAAUUUCCUCAAUGCCUAAGAUGAUCAUGUAUGCUGUAACUGCUCAGUCAUGUAUGUUAACACGAUCUGAACAGAGAUUGUUCGGAGAUUCCUGAAGAAUCUCGAUUUAGAAACACACAGUUUGAAUGAUUUAUUUCAAUAAAAUACAAUAAAUACAUUUAAAUUAU